CGUCAAACCUCUUUCAUCCCCUCCACAGACGUGCGGAUUCUCCAAAUGUCAUCCGAGAUACCCUUUACGCCUUCUGGAAACAUAACUGCUCCAACUCCUCAAAACACUCCUCUCCAGAAUGCCCCCAUAGCGGCAGGUCUUUCACGACCCACCGUGCCAGAUAUCACCGAAGAUAAUGAGGAAGAAGGCGAGCAGGAAGUUUCCAAAGAGCAAGCUGCGUUGCUUGGUAUGGUUCAAGGACGUCUUGCCAGCCUCAUCGGAAAGAGUUCUGGUUAUAUCGAGAGCUUGCCAGUCGAGGUUAAACGUAGUAUCGAAGCGUUGAAGGGUGUUCAGGUUAAGCAAAAUAAGCUUCACGACCAAUACAAGCGUGAAUGUCUUGCUCUUGAGCAAAAGUAUCUUCAACUUGCACAACCUUUAUAUCAACGGCGCCAUGCGAUCAUCUCUGGUACGGCGGAACCGACCGCAGAAGAAAUCGAAGAGGGAGAGAAACAGUCACUUGAAGACGACAAGGAUUACACGCCUAUCCCCCAAGAUAUUACUGGACCUCAUGAAAUCCCCGAAUUCUGGCUGACCGCUCUGCGGAAUCAUGUCGGGAUUUCGGAUCUCAUUACGGAUCGUGAUGCUGAUGCUCUUAAAUAUUUGAAGGAUGUGCGACUCUCAUACCUUGAAGAGGGCAAACCAGCUUUCAAAAUUUCCUUCUUUUUCUCCCCGAACGAAUAUUUUGAAAACGAGGCGCUGGAGAAGACUUAUACCUUUCAAGACGAACUAGGUUACACUGGAGAUUUCAUUUACGACCGUGCUAUCGGUACAGAAAUCAAGUGGAAGGACGAUAAGGAUCUUACGAAAGAGUUUGAAAUCAAAAAGCAACGGAACAAAAAUACGAACCGAACGCGGCUGGUGCGUAAGGCGCGCCCCACGGAAUCAUUCUUCAACUUUUUCAGCCCUCCUGUGCCACCUGCUGAGGAUGCGGUGGAAGAAGGAGAGCUUGAUGAAGAGGAACUCGAGGACAUUGAAGACAAGCUGGAGCUCGAUUAUCAGAUUGGCGAGGACUUGAGGGAGAAGGUUAUUCCUAAAGCCAUCGACUACUUCACUGGCAAAGCUAUAGAAUAUGAAAUCAUUGACGAUGAUGAGGAACAAGAUUUUGAGGAUGUAGAUGAUGAUGACGAUGACGGUCAAUUCGAUGAUGACUCUGACGAAGACUCCCCCCCAAGGCGUCGUGGUCCUCCUAAAGGUCGGGGUGGUGCACCUGCCGGCAGUGGUAAUGUGAAUCCAGAGGAGUGCAAGCAACAGUAGUCCCCCAUCAUGUAUUCCGUUACCCUACAUUUUUUUUGCUUGGGCCUACUUAUAUUCUCACUCGUGUUUUAUGACAUACUGCAUCUGGUCAAGU